GUGCACAAGUGGAGAUGCCUGUGUGUGCAGCAGAGACACUGGGAGGCACACAAGAUGCUCCUGCUCCCACUGAUAACUUAGAACUGGCCCAUCAUACAGGAACCUUCUCCAGAGGCAGGAGCUACAACUGUGAGUGUAUCAGUACCACCAAGUCAUCUGUGCAGCAUUUGCCAUAAAGAGUCCCCCCUCCCUGGGUACUGACUGUUGGGACUACAGACCUCUGACUUGCAAGGCUGGAACUCUGCAUGUUUCAGAUCUAAAGACCUGAUGCUUCAGGAGCUCGGUGUCCGGAGUGCUGAACUGAGCCGGCACCUUUGCACUCUGCUGCCAGGGCGUUUGGAAGUUAGUUCUACACUUGGACCUGCGGCUGAGCCUUACAGAGGAGAAUAACAAAGAAAGGUAAAACCCAGCAAGGGACAAGGGAUCAGUGUAGUGGAUAAAUUAAUCCCUAAAACAGACGCGUCUGUGCCAGGCAUACAAAAGCUACAUGUGUGUGUAUGGUGGCACUCCCAGAACAUGACUAAAUGACAUUUACUUCCCAUCUCCAGAGUAACUGAAAUGGAAUGUAAAUCAGGGAAAGGAUUCUGUGAUGUGAAGAACAUUCUUCUGUUACCAUGGGAGGAUGCAUCCAGAGGGUCUCUAAUAUGUUAUUAACCCUUCCAAAGCAAAGCAGAAAAGGAACAACUCCAGCUCAGCUAGAUAUCUUCUAAUCUUCUAAUCCCCCACCGGUGAGGGCAAUCCCUUAAGCAUCUUCAUUUUCCGAAUAACGCCUGGUCAGAUGCCUGCAUAGAUGGUCAGGAGAGGGAACUGCAGCACGGGACAGAGGCACGCAGAGACUGCCAGGGCUGGAGUUAUCAGCAGAAGGAUUUAUUUGUGUUCCAAGCAGUGAGCAGUUGGCAGGGAAGGAAGGGAAAAUUUCUCUGCACAGCUGACGAGCACCUUCACUUUUUCCCAAUGCCUUCCAUGGCACUGUUGCUUUAUGGAGAUGGAGAUAUGGGUUCCUUGAGCUGCAGCCUGUGGGAGACACGUUGCUUAUGCCUUGUAAUUAUGCAGGGGUUUUAAAAAUCUAAAGAGCGAUCGUUUAUAAAAAGGUAGCAGGAGGCAACUCCACCGCCAUCCCCGGGGGAAGAUGAGCCUCCGCUUUGAAUCUUAAUAAUCUGAGCAAGUUGGCACUAAACUCACAGAAAAGGGGAGCUAGCAAGGCAGCACGUUUGUGGGGUGACUCUUAACACAGGGUUCAAUGAGAACAUUCCCUGAAGGCUCUUUUUGCAAAGCUGACUCAUUUGUCAUGUGGCAUUUGUGCCUGUUGUAGCAGCCUGUCGCUAUUUUGGUGUUUCAUACUGUUUCAUCCUGGGUUCUGGGCACUAUACCGACUGAAUGAAUGAGGGGGUGGUGGUGCCAAGCUGUGCUGCCGAUGCCCACAGCGAGAUGCCCCCCUGCUGGUGAGUAUCUGGGGGAGUGUCAUGACUCGGGAAGAGAGGAUCCGGGCUCCAGCUGGCAGCUGCCCCUCAGGAGUGACCAGAACGGAUGCCCAUGUGGUUUCUCAAAAAUGCCACACAAGGACACAACAUCGCCAUGCCUUAUCUCUGCCCUCCCUGCAACACAUAAAGUUGCAUGGCCUAAAAUACAUCUGCUCGCCCAAACUAGCAUUUCGGCAUCGUACUUUUUGGUUUUUGGCCUUCUUCACUUCUCUGGGCUUCUUUCUGUCCUGGUCAUCCAACAGACUCUUGUAUUGGCUGUCCUUCCCCUCGCACACCAGGGUCCAGUUGGAGUGGAGCAAAGAGCUGGCUUUCCCAGCUGUGACAUUUUGCAACAACAACCCUGUUCGAUUUCAUCGGCUCAGCAAAAGCGACCUGUAUUUCGCAGGCUACUGGCUGGGCUUGCUGUUUGCCAACCGCACAGCACGACCCAUGUUAGCAGAGCUACUGCCAGAGGACAGACGGAAGUGGUUUCAGAAACUGGCAGAUUUUCGACUUUUUCUGCCCCCUCGAAACUUUGAUGGGAUCAGUGUAGGAUUCAUGGACAGGUUGGGCCACCAGCUAGAAGACAUGUUGCUUUCCUGCAAGUAUCGUGGUGAGGCCUGUGGCCCACACAACUUCUCCACUGUGUUCACAAGAUACGGAAAAUGUUACAUGUUCAAUUCUGGGCAAGAUGGCCGACCUGUGCUCACCACUGUGAAGGGAGGGGCUGGUAACGGGCUGGAAAUUAUGUUGGACAUCCAGCAGGAUGAAUACCUUCCCAUCUGGGGGGACACAGAGGAAACCACGUUUGAAGCAGGCGUCAAAGUGCAGAUUCACAGCCAGUCAGAACCACCUUUCAUUCAGGAGUUGGGGUUCGGUGUGGCCCCCGGGUUCCAGACCUUCGUGGCAACUCAGGAGCAGAGACUCACUUAUCUCCCAUCUCCGUGGGGUGCGUGCCGAUUUUCUGAGCUGGGCUCUGACUUUUUCCCAGUAUACAGUAUAUCGGCCUGUCGAAUCGACUGUGAGACCAGAUACAUUGUGGAAAACUGUGGCUGCAAGAUGGUGCAUAUGCCAGGUGAUGCUCCAUUCUGCACACCGGAGCAGUACAAGGAGUGUGCCGAGCCUGCACUGGAUCUCUUGGCUGAGAAGGAUGGAGGAAACUGUGUCUGUACAAUUCCCUGCAAUGUGACCAGAUACAACAAAGAGCUUUCCAUGGUGAAAAUCCCCAGCAAGACUUCUGCUAAGUACCUGGAGAAAAAAUUUAACAAGUCGGAGAAAUAUAUUCUGGACAAUAUUCUUGUGCUGGAUGUGUUUUUUGAGGCACUGAAUUAUGAAACAAUAGAACAGAGGAAAGCCUACGAGGUGGCCGGCUUACUAGGUGACAUUGGAGGUCAGAUGGGACUUUUCAUAGGAGCCAGUAUCUUAACUAUCCUGGAGCUGUUUGAUUAUAUAUAUGAGCUGAUUAAAGAGAAGCUGUUGGACCUCUUGGGCAGGGAGAACGAGGAAGGAGGCCGCACCGAGGAUCUGAGCACCUGUGACACCAUGCCAAACCAUUCCGAUUCCAUUAGCCACACUGUGACAGUCCCACUGCAGGCCACCCUGGGGACGUUAGAGGAGAUCGCCUGCUGAUACAUUAAGGACACUGCCUUUUAAUUUUGUGCCAAAAGAGAAGCCGAUGCAGCAUGGUGGUCAGUGUGGGACUUCACCCCCACGUGCCUGGCCGGAGAGAGAGAGAGGGACCAUUGUGGAGACUACAGAGGAGAAGGACCAGUAUACUGCCAACUGUACACAGCUCUGCAUGCCCGCAGUAUAUAUGGCGUGUGAUGUGUAAGGAUCCCCCUGGGCGGAGCCACAUCCUAUUCCAUCCUGCUCUGUGUGUGUGUGGCGGGUUUAAUGAGGUGUUUUGUUUUUUUUAACUAAAAAUAAAAAUGCGGACAAGUCAAAAAAAGAGGAGUGGUUGGCUUAA